ACAGCAUGAGGCUCUUCUCCCCCACUUGCCACUUUAGUUUUGUGGCAUUAUGCCUCCUGGCCGUGUCACAGGUGCAGGAGGUGCAAUCCCAGGAGGUUUCCCCGACACCAGAUGCAAAUGCCACACGGGCGGUGACGAAAGUUUUGCGCCGGCAAAAGCGUUAUCUGGCUUUUCCGGAGGGCUCUUCGGUUUCGGGAGCUAUAUGCAUGACGAUCGGCAUGAUUGGCAACCCCGAUGUGGACUAUCUCAGCUGGGCGGUCAACUGGGGCGUGGCCUACGAUCUGCCCAACCAUCAGUGGGUCAUCCAGCACGCCCACGGACUGAACGCCACCCUGGCCAAGGACACCAUCAAGCGCCGCUCCCGACGAGCCUUCUACGACGAGGUGCAGUCCUUAUUUAACAACAUGGGAUUUAAUGGUCGCUCGUGCGUGGCUCGAGCUCUUUGCGAGAGUGCCAGGUUCAUGCUGCCGCCCCAGCAACGCGGUAAUAUGUUGCAGGAGUUGGUCAGGACUGUCUUCAGUCUGCCCUCCACUCCAGUGACUGCCCACGAGCCCCAGGCUCAUCACCAGUACGAUCGGAUCUACCGGCGAUCCAAGCGGAAUUCCCGCGAGUGCCAUGAAAUCUAUCCGGACUGCCAGUUCUCACUGUUGGCUUUGGCUUUGGGAAAAUAUAUGGCAGCCACUACCACAAAGUUUAGUUCAUUUAACUAUAUGUGAACACCCGAAAAACUGGAUUAAAAAAUAAAUUAUAAAGGCUGGAUUUUAAGCGCGUUCUAUGGGGUGGACAAAUGAAUUAGUUGUAGAGCAUUAAAUACACAG